AUGGUGUCAGCUGCUAAGUACACUCGUGCUGAACGUGAUUUGAAGGCCGCCCGCCCAUACGGAGAGGGUGCCAUCCAUUUUUACGUAAGGGCUGAGGUUGCCGCCCCUGAGGAUGAGCCCAAGCAGCUCUAUAUUGCCAUGACCUCGGACAGAGGUCUGUGCGGUGCGGUGCACACUGGUGUGUCGAAGGUUAUCCGCAACCGUUUGAACGAGCCCGGUACGGAGAACAUCAAGGUCAUCUGUGUUGGUGACAAGUCCAGGGGUAUCCUGCAACGUUUGUACGGGAAACACAUUAUUAGUGUAGCUAAUGAGAUUGGUUGUUUGCCGCCAACUUUCCUGGAUGCAGCUCAGCUGGCCAACGCCAUCCUGACCUCUGGCUACGACUUUGGAUCUGGCAAAAUCAUCUAUAACAAGUUCAAGUCUGUCGUGUCCUACGCCCAGGACGAUCUGCCUCUGUUCAGCAGGAAGGCGAUUGAGAACGCUCACAAGCUGGCUGUGUACGACUCUCUCGACUCCGACGUCCUCCAGUCCUACAUGGAGUUCUCCCUCUCCUCCAUGUUGUUCUACGCUCUGAAGGAAGGCGCCUGCUGUGAACAAUCCUCCAGGAUGACAGCUAUGGACAACGCCUCCAAGAACGCCGGAGAAAUGAUUGACAAGCUCACCCUGACAUUAAAAGACACGUCCAUAGGAUCUAUACGGACGGCAGCAGGAUUGAAGGCCGAGUUGGAGCCGCACUCUCCGUAUGGAAGGAUACUGACCGGUCACGGCGGAUUCGCCUUCUACUUGAACAGAUACUGA